CCUGUUUCGCUGCCGACGUGUGUUGACCGAUGGCAACCCUGAACGGCAGAUGUGCGUAAUUUUCCAAGAGGUCACUACUUGGCGUAAUCUUGUGUCAAACACGCGCGUCGACAUGACAAUCCGCGGUGCGAGCUACACGCGCCUCAAGGUAUAGUGUGAAUAUUGGUCAUGUUUCCAUGAUAGGGUGAUGUAACGAUGUAACGACACACAGGGACAGGACGUCUGGGCCGCGAGUGCAUCGAAUAUCCUGUAAUGAUGCUUGGUACUGAACCAGAAGGAGAACCUCACUCUACCGGCCUCCAUCAGGGCCCGGCUCUCUGAGGCGGGGUUCCGAGAGAAGCAGGUUAUAACCUCAGAACACUUCCCCAUCCAUGGAUUGAAACUUGAAGCGCCGUCCGCCAUGUCUGAUGUUAAUCCACUCGAUGUUUUGGCUAUCAAGAAUGUCGUAUCGCGAUAUUGCCAGGCCUUGGAUUUGAAGGACUUUGAUCUGCUAGGGAAGGUUUUCAUAUCCGAUGUCGAAGCCAGCUAUCCUUUCAAUGAAGCCAUGAAGAGCCUUGAUGAGGUGAAGGAUGCGAUCAAGAACCGCCUUGGACCAGUCCGCACACACCACAACCUCACGACGCAAACCAUCACGUUCAGAUCCGAUGCGCAGACGGCACGAGCUGUCACGUACUUCCAGGGUGUCCACUUCGGUCAAGGCCCUCACGAGGGCAAGAUGCUAUGCGCGUAUGGCAAGUACGUGGACGACAUGGUAAUGCUGGAAGCGAAAAACGGCGACUGUGAUGGUGUGCGCGGUGCGAGCGGGAUCUGGAGGAUCAAGGACAGAACAGUCACCUUCACCCAGCGAAUCGGAGAUGAAAAGAUUAUGAAGGAGCAUUGAGGGUUGCGACGCGGGGUGGAAGUCGCUUGCUGCCGCCAUUAUCUAGCGCACGAAUGCUGAUUAUACCUUCCUCACCACUUGCAGUACAACCAAGAGUUUCGACCAC